UACACUCCGUCGUUGUCUUCGAAUCAGCCUUCGAUAAUAAGACGUUAUUCAGUGGUAAUCCAGUGACACCUGAAUUGUCAAAGUUUUGUGCCACGCAAUUAUCUGACUUGAUCUCGAAUUAAUAACUUUAAUCACAUCGAAUACUCAAAGUAGCCCAUUAUUUUUCUUACAUUUUCCACAAUGAGAACCUCUAACGACAAAUACAAUGCAAGUGACAUGUGCGAAUGUUAAAGGUAUCUCGUGAAUAAGUGAAAUUUUUCUAGCAAUCACUUUGAUGUAUGUACCAGGGUAGUAAACUAAAGGAUGAAAUUAUUUUACUCGACGAGUUUACGUAAAUUAAGCUCGUCAUAGCAAAAGCUCAGCCAAGGUGUUGAUUAACAAUGAACAAAACUCAUAUGGAUAAAAGACUGAAUCAAUUGCCAACUUGGCUGUGGACUAAUUCCACUACUUUACCACCGAUCUAUAAGAUGGUAUGGGAAGCAGUAAGAGAAGACAAAAUUAGAUCCAAUGGAAUGCAAACAGAGUUACUCGUAGAUACCAAUAAAGUCUUUCCUUUAUUGCUCACUAGUCAGCUUCCCACAGAAGUUCUUGGACAUAUAUGGAACUUGGCAAAUCAAAAAUACGCCGGACAGCUUACGGAGCAAGAGUUAUAUAUUGUUCUUGCUCUUGUUGCAGCAGCACAGGCUUCUUAUACGUUUAAUAGUUUAGACAUAUUGCAUCUGCUUCCAUUUCCACCUACUCCAUACCUAAACAUUGAAUGUUUAAUGAACUUGCAGCCUAUGGCGCAAUUAAAUUCUGCAACUAAAUUUCAAACUCUCAAUGACAACACAGAGGUGGGUUUUAUAGACUCGGAUGGAAAAUAUUCUUCAGAGAUUAAGAACAAAGCUAAACUGCAUCAACAUGGAAUCAUAUCUUCAGAUUUAAAUGUGCAAAUGAUAAACACUGUACCUGGAAAAGUUUCAUGUUUCGAUAACAAAUCAUAUGCCUCUUCUACCGCAAUAUGGGAUUCAAAUAAUGUAUCGAAGGAUGGUAAACAAAUAUCUUCUUCUCAUUUAGAUUCUAAAUACUCAACAGCGACAGAUCCUUGCGAUGAUUUCUCUGAUUUUCAAAGCGCUCCAAUUCCAAAUACUCCUAACAUUCCAAUAUGGGACACAAAACAAGGCUCGGCUAUCGGCAGCAGAUUAGCUAAUCAUAAUUUAGGCGUUAAGAAACCCCUGGAGAAGUCAAAGAAAAAUAAUAUAAAUACUAAAUCUGCUCACGGCACUGUUCAAUCGCGUAUCACACCACCAUCUUUGCAUACAGUAUCUCAGAAUAAAGAUCAACCACCGCUAGAAUGUUUAACAGAAUUAUUUCCAAAGUGUACAAUAAAGAAUCAGUCUAAAACAGUAAUACUUAAGGAUACAGUGAUAAGGAAUAAUGAUCCACCCAAGGACCAUAGUGAACGCGUAAGAGAUCAUACAAACACAGAAGUUAUAUAUUUAAGUAACGAUAAAGAUGUUGCAAACAAGCUAGAAUGCAUAGAAAAGGUUUCGGCAAGAAUAUUGGAAGUUUCUCAUCAGGAUCUUAUGAGUCUUCAACUUGUUGAAGAUAAAUAUAGUGCCUUGCGUGCACUGGUUCCGGAAACGAAUGUAACUACAGAACCAGAUGGAAAUGCAAGUUGUAACAAUCAAUCGCUCGACGAAUUUGGAGAAUUUGUAUCUGCAGAGCAGCCUGCUACCAAUACUUCUGCCAGAAAUGCUGUAGAUACCAACAGCUUUGCCGAUAUUUUUACAGAUUUUGAUUUGAAAUCUAAUAACAAUAACGCAAACACUGCUGAUUUCAAUCUCAUGCCGGAAAUUUCUGAAUCAUUUGACAAUCUUAAACUUGAAGAUACUGUAGAAGAACGUUCGUUAGAAAUGGGUAAAGCUUUGCAGAAGGAAGAUGCCAUAUCAAUUAAUAGUAUAGAAUUCAUGAAUAGUGCAUCAAAUGCAUUAACCCGAUCAGGAUCUGUGCCUAGUUUAGAUCUUAAGUCUUUCUUACCUUCAAAUACAGAAGAUGAGCUAAUAGUAGAUACUACACAUCAGGCAGAAUAUUGGGAAUGGAAGCAAUACAUGGAAAGCUGUGUACUAUUAUUGCAAGUAGCUGCUAAUAUAUUUACAAAUAUCAGUUCAGAAAUUGUACUUAAUGAAGUAUUAAAUUCAGCCCAGGGAUAUAAUUUCCUUUGCAAUUUAGCCGAAGUCGCGGCUGUGUGUAGACGCGUUAAUUUUUCGUACAAAGAAAUGGACAUCAAUAUAAUAGGUUUCGAUGAGCUGCUAAUGGAUAUCGAUCGAAUUUGGGCAGAAAUGGAACCAUUUUAUGCAAACAUACCAAUAGUUACGGAAUUACCAGCUUGGCCUUUACAUCAAGGAGAAGCCAUUUGUUGUUCACUUUGUUUAACGAUCAUUACUAGUGGCGGGGUAGUUUAUAAUGAAAAUAAUUAUCACGUUACUUGUGCAAAUCUAUGGCUUAAUUGUGUAAACAGUCAGUUGCCAGUGAUGCGGCAUCCAUCUUUUUAUUCACAUUCAAACGUAUGUCCAGGUAACAGUCAUAUUUGAUAUUAAUCUGCAUAAAAGAAGA